AGUCCAGAUGUGUUUGAGUCCCGUAUGGAAAAAAGAAAUGAAGUGAAAAAGCAGCCCGUGGGAUAUUGCAAGCAAGGAGAGUUUAUUAAAUGUAUGGAGGAAAAGGCAGAAGGCUUGGGCACAAAGACAUCAAAGGGAGGGUUCACAAAAGAUAAGACGCUUGAUUCAAUUCUUAAUGUUGAGAUGGUAAAAGAAAAAUCAGCAGAGGAGAUAAAACAGAUUUGGAAUCAGUAUUUUUCUGCAAAAGAUACGGUUUAUGCUGUUAUUCCUGCAGAAAAAUUUGAUUUAAUAUGGAAGAGAGCCCAGAAAUGUCCAUCGUUUCUAUAUGCUUUGCCAAGAAAAGAAGGCUAUGAGUUCUUUGUGGGGCAGUGGUCAGGAACAGAAUUGCACUUCACUUCCCUAAUAAACAUUCAGACUCAGGGUGAAACUGCUCCUAGCCAGUUGGUCUUGUACCAUUAUCCUGAGCUGCAGGAGGAAAAAGGCAUAGUACUAAUGACAGCAGAAAUGGACUCAAAGUUCCUGGUGGUCCAUGAAGCACAGUGCUUGGCGAAUCAGGUGCAGCUCUUCUAUGCAACGGAGCGUUCUGAGACCUACGAAUUAGUGGAGACCUUCAACCACAGAUCUAGUGAAUUUAAAUAUAUGUCAGUUAUAGCAGAGCUUGAGCAAAGCGGACUUGGACGAGAACUGAGACCUGCUCAGGUUUCUGACAAGUCAUAGAGUCUGACAAGUCAUAGCGGGUGAAGAGACCCAGCAGCAGGCAGUGGGUUUCCUAGCUGGGGUGGUCCCAUCUUUUGUUUUAUGAAUUUGGUUUAGCUGCAGAAAGGGUCUGGAGACAUCCUGGGAGUGUGAUAGUCAAGCAUGUCUGGUACUGAUGCCAGACGAGGACUUGAGCCAUUUGAACGACAAUGACUAAUUGCUGAAAUGGAGCCCUGUGCUUCAGUGUAACUUCAUCAGAAUGAGCCGUUUUCCUGUCCUGUAACUCACUGCUGCAUGUUGUAUUUUUGAAAUCUGAAAUAAAAUGAGAGAAGGGGA